AUGAAUAAGAUGCGCACCAAGCUCGCGGGGCGGAUCGGACAGCUCGCGAACAUCAUCAGGAGAAGCCUGACGAACAGCAGGAUGAACAUGGACGCCACCGCCCAGUUCUCGCAGAAGUACCUCAGCAGCGCCGAAUCCAUCAAGAUGGGAGACACGGGCCCCUCUGUUGAAGAGGCGGCACCUCCGGUAGUGCCAAAGGACGCGCAGAUCGUCGCUGACCCCCUCCAGGCGCAGCAGCACGUGGCAGUUUACGCCGAGGGCACGGUCCAACAACAGACCAAGGGUCGGAAGCCCCAUCUUCAUACCACGGGUCACGUCCACGCCGACGCCGACCACCAAGACCGCCAUCUUCACUUGGAUAUGUGGGAGGUCCAGCGUGACCCUCGUCAUCAUCACCGUCAUCAUUAUCGUCGGGCUUGCCGCCCUCGGCACUUCCAACCUUAUGCGGCGGCACCGUGA